AUGGAGGCCUCUCCCCUUACGCAGCAGACAAGGCCGGAGACUUUCCAACCCAAGAUCGUCCAGCUUUACGAGGCUUUGUUCAAAGCGACUGAGGAUGCCGAACACUCGGAGGGUUUCUGGCGAGAGUUCUUUCUGCUGCCACCCGAUGGACGCCAGCUUCAUCUUCUGCUAGACAAGUUAAGCCCCGACGAGACAUUGGGCUUGCAGACGCAAACUCAACAUCUUUUUGCUCGGGCCAUCCGUGAAGCUGCCUCCGGGGUUGCACCCGCGGAUUCUUAUGCACUAGAUACCUUGACCACGUUCCUGACUAGCAUUUUGAGCAAAAAAUACACCAAUCCAAGCUCGGAUGUGAUCAAUGUUCUUGCAGGCCUUGACGAGGUUGACCGCGUUAUCUCGGAGUUUGUCUCUGUCUUGGACGGGAUCAUUCGCAAUGGCUCCAGCUUGGAAUUACGGCGCAGAGCAAUUCGCGUCGCUAUCGCUAUGACAAGUGGAGCAUACAAAACUAGCCUCGUCUCCUAUUUCACACACCGCGAUUUGUUCCCAUCUUUGAUGAAGUAUGUUCAUGACUCUGAUACCCCUAUGCAAGUGUUUGAUCCAUUUCUUCUUCUGGGGCUGUUGGCAAACUACAACAAAUUUGAAUUUCAAAAUCUUUAUCAGCUUCGACUCGAUGAUUUUGUCAACGAGUCAAGCAUUCAACAAAUCGUCAAAGGUGUUGGCCUCACAUGUGGUGGCUUGCGCAACGGCUAUAUUGCCGUGCAAGACGACAUACCCGAAGGCUGGUCCUUGGCAAAUACUCUGAUCUUCUUUGGACUUCGUGCUCUCGCGCCUGGUGCUCGGGACAAGGUAAACCCUCCCAGUGCGGAGGAAGCUAAAGCUAUGUUUGCUGCGCUGCCCGCCCAAGAAGCUGCUAUUCUGAUGGCCACAUAUGACUUUGCGAACUCGAACAAACUAUUCGGUUACCACUUGGUCCACCAUAUUCCAGAAAAGAACGAGGAGUCUCCUUUCUCGAGCUUCAUUUCUCUGUCAUCAUACCUUUUACAGCAUGCCUACCGAUCUGUGCGGGUAGCACACUAUGCUGAGUUGAGUUUGUUCACCCUCCGUAUACUCGUCGAGGAUCCAACUCUGUGCAAGCACAUUUGCAGUGAAGAUGGCAAACGCAAAGUGCGGAUCUGCCGUCAAAAGCAGCCGUAUCUCCCAGUCGUUGGCGGAGAUCGGGUGCUCGCCACUGUCAUUUUCGACGUAAUGAUCGACACAAUCACGCAUAACCUCCGGCGACGAUUGGACGUCAACAUCUACAGCCACACUAUCGCCAUCACAUUGCGCCUUUUGACCUACCUCUCAAUGAACAAAAUCCGACUCAACUACCACUGGUCCGAGCUCUGGCGCACUCUCCUCUCCCUCAUGCGCUUCUUGACCACAUACGCCACUGAUCUAAACACCAACCCUCAAAUCCACACCUUAACCAGCUCCCUAGCCGAUCUUCUCGCCUUCUGCGUUUCAGGUGGUGACACAUUCCUCCCCGACCCAUCCUCCUACGACGACCUCUUCUACAAGCUCGUCGAAACGGGCCCCGUGAUCUCAAAAUUCAGGAACGUCUACUCCCUCACUCGUUCGACUACAACAGGAACCCCAGGUUCAUCAUCCAUCACACCAAUUCCAGACGCGGCGACAGCCCAGAAGAACGAUCUCCACGCCGCGGCUAUCGAUACCCUUCUCAGUGUCUCUACGCACUUUUACACGCUUCUCUUCCAGUCCGAUGGCUCUGCUCCUACAACACCUGCCAUUGUAGCUGCCAGUCCCAACCCCGAAGGCGAGCCUACGCCUGUAGCAUUGCCUUCUAUCAAAAAGAAGAAUCUCAGUCCUCGAGAAGUCCAUCGAAUUAUCAAACAGGGCUACGAGACACUGAGUAUCCAGCCGCCGGAAGGUCUUAGUGCUUGGUCGAAAUGGAGAGAGACAGACUGGAAGACUGAGUUGAAGAAAGCGGCGCGGGUCGUUGUGGACGAUGCGAAGCAGCUGGUUGCGUAG